AUGCAUUUUUUUUUUUAUCCCCCAAUGAACGACGGCUAUAACACACUUAUAAACAUAGAUGAAUACUGUUCAUCCUUAUUAUUAGACCAACAAAAUAAUGAAACCUCAUUUAAAUCAUUUCAAUUUCUAAUGAAAUAUUUAUAUUUAUAUGGGAAUUUAAUAAAACUUAAUAAAAAUCAAUUAAUAAAUAUAAAAAUAAUUAUAGAUAAAUUUAAAACAAAUGAAUCAUCCAAACAAAUUAGAUAUAGCGAAUUUGAACAAAAUAUUGCUUUAAAAUAUCCAGACUUUAUUAAAACCAACUAUUCAAAUAUACAAAUAGAAUCUAUUAUUUUAAAAUUCAUUAGAAUUUAUUUAAAUGAAUCAUCAAAUUCAAAUUGGUUAUUUUUUUGGAAAGGUUCAACAUUUUUUCAAUUCAUAUUUAAUAAUAUAAACAAUUUAGAUGAUACUGAAUUUAAAAUUCAAUUAUCAAAUAAAGUUAUCAAAGCUAUAGUUGACUUUAUAAAAGAAAUCAAUAAGACCAAGUUUUAUUAUAACAGUUUAUUAAUUGCAAUGUUAUCAUUUAGACAAAUUUUGAGUACAGAAGAUUAUAAAAAAUAUAGCAAAGAUAUAAUAGAGUUUUUCGAAAGCAGUGAAUUUUCAGCAUAUAAUAGAGAUAAUUUCGAAAACUAUAUCGAUGAGAUUAGAUUUUUAAUUCAGUUAAUAAAUCAAGAUGAAUAUAGAAGUGCCCAAGAUAAAGAGCUGUUAUAUUUAAAGAUUAUUAGUUGCGGCCGUAAAAAAGUUCAAACCAAUACCUUUAUAGUAGACUUUAAACAACUGGUCUUCAAUUAUUUCAAAAACACCCAAACCGUUUACGAGAAUAUCCACAUUGAUAGCAAUAUUCAUGUGGAAGUAAUGGAAAAAAUGAACUUUAUAAUUCAAGCAUUAUUAGAGAAUGGUAGCUUUAAUCAAAAUUGUUUUAAAUCAGCUUUGAGUAUCAUAGAACAUCUUUUUAUGAUAUCAAAAGAUCCAAACCAAAAUGAAAUAGAGUCAAAAGAAUUAAGCAAACUAAUCAUUAAAAAAAUAGUUAUAUUAUUCAAGGAGGAACCAAUUAAUGAAACUUUAGAUCUAGUAACCAAAUUAAUAAAUGGUCUCAAGAUUGAAAGAUAUAUAACAACCUCAGUAUACCUCAAGAAAUAUUUAAAGCUCUUAGAUGCGGCUGAAUAUCCAAGGCUAAUAAAUAUAUUCAAGAUUAAUGAAGACCAGGUUCAAGAUAAAGAGAUUUUAAAGCAUUCAUAUGAAACUCUAUUCAAUUAUUUAAAGAGAAGCUCAACACUAGAGCUACUAUUACCAAAAUUUUUUAAUAAACAGCAUUUGGCAGAAUCAAAAGUACUAAAAGAGUUUUUAAAUCAAAAACUAAAUCAUUUAGUAACAAUAUUACAUAUCAGCACCAUUGAUCAAUUCGUCAAACCGGUUUUUCCAGAUGAAUGUAACAGUCUAGCAAUAUACAGAAAUAAAAUAACAUUUAAUAAUGACAGUAGCAAUAAUCGAAAAGCAACCAAUGAUAGAUCACCUAUAAUACCAUACUAUUUAAUAACCAAUAUAAUAUUCAAUUUAAUUAAUAACAAUUCAUUAUAUUCAUUCGAAAAACUAAAUCUAUUACUGGUCAGUAAAAAACUAUUCGAAAUUACAUCAAAUAUAAUGAACUCAUCAAUGCUCGUUCCUCUAGAUAUUUAUUACCACUACCACUCACUAGAGAUUCAAUCAUUGGGCAAUCACUCCAUAAUAAAGCCUUUGACAGUGAAAUGGUUAAAAAUCAAAAUUAACAAUGUUAUAAAAGCUGAAUUUUAUAUUCUAGAUGCAUUCAAAUCAUUGGACACAUUAGAGAUUACUGGGCAUAUUAAUAAAGAAAUUUUAAACAAAAAAAAUUUCCUAAAUGUACCUUCGUUAAAGAGAAUUAUCAUCAAAUGUCCAUUCACGGAAGCUAUGAAAUCAGUAAAGUUGUUAAAAGAGUUAGGUAAGCACUAUCAAAUUGAACUCUUUUUGACAGGUGACUACAUCUUGGGGCAUAGAAUUAACACCAAAAUGAUCAAGGAACUAUCUUUUGAUAUGAACCUCUUUUUUAGAAUCUACAACGACGGUAAACUUUCAAAACUCUCUCGGUUCUCCCUUAUUGUAAAUCGAAUAAACCAUACCUUUGCAGAUAAUUUCAAGAUUCUUUAUAUAGAAAAACAAAAAAGAAUCAAAUAUUUGGAACUAAUGUUAUUCUAUGAUGGCUGCUUGGCUAUUUUACUUGAGUGUUUUAAAAAUUUAGAAAAUUUAAACACUGUUUCAUUCAAAUUGUACACCCAAACAAAUCUCUCAUCAACCGCUUCAGAUAUUUUUACUGUAUUUCAUAAUAAUCCAAACUUUAAAAAACUUUCUCAAAUUCAAAUAACUGACAAAUAUGGAUAUACUUUAGACAUAGAUUGGCUAUCAAUUAACACUUAUAAUUUUAAAAGUUUAUCUUCUGAUUUUAUAAAUUUUAUUAAUUAUAAAGAAAAUACAAAUGCAAAUGACAACAAUAAUGAUAUAAUAAGUGAUGAUGAUGAUGAUGGUACCAGCGAUGAUGACGGAUCUGGCUAUUAAAAAAAAAUUUUAAAAAAGAAAAUAAAAAAUAGAAAAUAAAAGAAAUUUUUUAAAUAGUUUAUUUUUUCUAAACUAUUAAUUGUU